GGACCGCGCAGUUGCCGUCUUCAGAUCCGAGGGGCUGAUGAUGCCUGAUGGUUGAAUCUCACACCGGUGCAAGGAAACCAUGGAGGAGUUACCUGAGAAUCAUCCCGAGCAAUAACAAAACAUUAUAUCCUAGAUGACGUGGGCUAUUUUUACUUAGCCCAAAAUUUGUACAUGUGGCUUCAAAAUUGUUUCACCGUUUGUUUAUUUUAACCAACUCGUUGCGUCGAACUCAUUUUCAGUGGUCAGCUUGCCUGAUUUAUAUUCAGUGAUGGAGCACAUCAGAAUGCCUAAGGUGGAGAAUGUCCAUCUGAUUGACGGGAUGAGCUCCAGGAAAGCGAGUGUUGGCACACUGUACCUAACAGCGACCCACACCGUCUUCGUUGAGAGUGUGUCUGAAAUAUGCAAAGAAACAUGGGUGCUGCACAGCCUGGUGUGUGGUGUUGAGAAGCGGUCGCCAAUAGCGACCGGCUGCCCUCUGCUCAUCCGCUGCAAGAACUUCCAGGUCAUCAAAGUCGUCAUCCCCCAGGAGAAGGACUGCCAGGAAGUGCACGCGUCCCUCCAGCGCCUCACCAGGCCAGAGAGAUAUGCAGAAUUGUUCUGCUUCUCCUUCAAACCCAAACUGGACAAGGAGGCCAGAGAGCAGGCCUGGAACUUUAUAGACGUUAAGGAUGAAUACGGUCGCAUGGGGAUCCCCAACAGCCUGUGGCAAAGCACUCCUGCUAACCAGGACUAUCGGGUAUGUGAUACCUAUCCCUCCGAGCUCUACGUCCCCGCCUCAGCCACUCCCCCCGUUAUCGUCGGGAGCUCCAAGUUCCGAAGCAGAGGGCGCCUUCCCACGCUGGCGUACUACCACAGAGAUAACCACGCCGCUAUAUGCCGAAGCAGCCAGCCCCUGUCUGGCUUCAGCGCGCGCUGUCUGGAGGAUGAGAGCAUGCUACAGGCAAUCAUGAGGUCAAACCCUGGCAGCCAGUUCAUGUAUGUGGUGGACACCAGACCCAAGCUGAACGCUAUGGCUAAUCGGGCUGCAGGGAAGGGCUAUGAAAAUGAAGACAAUUACGCCAACAUCAGAUUUCAGUUCAUUGGCAUCGAGAACAUUCACGUGAUGAGGAACAGCCUGCAGAAAGUUCUGGAAGUCUGCGAGCUCAAGUCCCUGUCCGUGGGGGACUUCCUGUCGGGGCUGGAGAAUUCGGGCUGGCUCAGGCACAUCAAGGCCGUCCUGGACGCCGGCGUCUUCAUAGCCAAGGCUGUGGCUGAGGAGGGGGUGAGCGUUCUGGUCCACUGCUCGGACGGCUGGGAUCGGACGGCUCAGGUGUGCUCUGUGGCCAGCCUGCUCCUCGACCCCUACUACAGGACUCUGAGGGGCCUCAUGGUACUCAUUGAGAGGGACUGGGUGUCAUUUGGACACAAGUUCUCCCAUCGGUGUAACCACCUGGACGGAGACCCCAGAGAGGUGUCCCCCGUCAUCGACCAGUUCAUCGAGUGCGUCUGGCAGCUCAUGGAGCAGUUUCCCUGCGCCUUCGAGUACAACGAGAGGUUCCUCAUCCAAAUCCACAACCACGUCUACUCCUGUCAGUAUGGCAACUUCCUGUGUAACAGCCAGCGGGAGAGGAGACAACUUAGACUUCGUGAGAGGACUCACUCUGUUUGGGCGUACUUGUGGAAGAACAAGGCUGACUUCAUGAAUCCUCUGUACAGACCAGACCACGGACAGGCUCAGGGAAUUCUACGGCCACUUACCACCCCCUACUGUUUUAAAUUCUGGAGGGGCCUGUACAGCCGCUUUGACAAGGGCCUGCACCCGCGCCAGUCUGCGCUGGACUGCCUGCUGGCGGUGAGGGAGGAGACGCAGCAGCUGGAGGAGGAGCUCACCGUGCACCAGGAGAGAAUAGAAAAGCUGGAAAAGAUGCCGGGAAUGAAGAUUGUCAUACAGGCAGAUCCGGUGGAAACAAACCAACAUGCCUGGGUUCCCUCCUCAGACAUCACCCUGGCCAACACCCCUCAGGACUACACUGGCGGCCUGGUCCAGCAGGGGGAGACAGAGAGCUCCCUGCUGCUCCUGCCUCAGGAUGCGCUGAAGAGCUCAGACCCCGACCUUUCGGCCAACAGCGACCAGGAGUCCGGCGUGGCCGACCUGAGCUGCCGCUCACCUGGCGGGGGAGACUCCCUGCCCAGCGAAGACAGCGCCAAGGACCCUGACUCGGACGAGGCCGUCUAUUCGGCUGCCUGAGCGCAAAGGGCAGAAGGAAGUAUGCGGUGUGUCAGGGUUGAGCUGUGUCAGGGAUGAGCUUUGCACAGAAGACUGUGAAAUGUAUGCUUCAGAAAACGGACUUGGGGCCAGUUUGACUUGAAUUCACAAUUAGGGAUGAGUGGUGUGUAUGACGUUGUAUCAUUUUAUGUGAAAUGUAGUACAUUUCUCCCCAUUACCACCCCCCCCCCCUUUUCCCAUUGGGCAUUUUAUGUGUAUGUGUAUUUGGCUUCCAUACAAGGAGAAUGUGAAUCAUUGCACUUGGAAGUGAUUGCGUGUUGAGGAAAGUGUUACUCUCAAGAAUAAAAAAUAAUAAAUUGGCAAUUAUGCAUUUUCAUCAUACACUGUAGAGGGGAAAAAUAAAUAUUGAACAAAGCGGUAUUCUACUCCCAAAUCUUAGCAUUUCAAUUAGACCAACAAAUGUUGAAAGAGGAAGACAGCAUGCAAGUUGUGCACUAUUUUGGAUUUGUGCUUAUGAACAUUAAAUUUGUGCUGGGUAAGUCUGACUCGGCACUUUCUCUAUGGUUAAUCUCCAUUUAGUGAUUGACUUUUUCCACAAAAAAAAGUUUGAUUUACAGUUUAAAGUUUAACUACAGUUAGAAAAUGUUAAGUAGUGUCACAUGAGCAACUAAGAUAGAACCUGUAGUGCUUUCAGUGUCCUCCUCUGCCAUAAUGUGGACGCAGGUAAACCUGGAAAGUUCCCUUUCAUCUGCUGAAAGAAAUAUAGCCUAGUCAGGAUAGGGCUUUUGUUACCAAAGAAAAUGCUACUGGUUUGCUGACCUAAUUCUACCUGACAUAAGAGGGAUUAAUCUAAGCAGGAUCGAGCAUGUGGAGAUUCUUUAAUGUUUGAUUUUGCUGCUGUCAUGAGCAAGAUUAAAACUGCCAGGAGAAGACUAUCUCUGUUAACAAAAACAUAUUUUCACUGAUAUUGAAUCAACUCCAGUUAUGAAGGCCAUGAAUUUCUGUUCUCACCAAUGAUGGUGAGUUUGUUGUGCAGAUAAUCUAGGAUCCAUCCUGUUACAUUUUUUUUAAUGUAGGAAAAUGCUUUUAAAAAUUCAUGGUUUAUGUUUUGGAAGAGAUACCUGAACAAAUAUAAAAAUCCAUUUAAACCUUG